CUCUUCCCAGAAUUCUGCGCUCCUUUCUGCUUCCGCCAUUAAAAGAACAAGGCAUGGGGGUGCAGUACAAACUCGCCGUAGGCCUCGGAAAGGGCCACAAAGUCACGAAGAACGAGUACAAGCCUCGGCCUUCGCGAAGGAAGGGAGCGCUUUCUAAGCACACCCGCUUCGUCCGCGACCUGAUCCGCGAGGUGUGCGGCUUCGCGCCUUUCGAAAGGCGGGCCAUGGAGUUGCUCAAGGUGUCCAAGGACAAACGUGCCCUCAAGUUCAUCAAGAAGAGGCUGGGCACCCACCUCCGUGGCAAGAGGAAGAGGGACGAGCUGAGCAACGUCCUGGUGGCCCAGAGGAAGGCGGCCGCCCACAAGGAGAAGACGGAACACAAGUAGACCUCCGUUCAUUAAAAAAGAAAAACCUCACA